AUGGACGGCGCACUUUUCCCCUCCAUCAGCGUUGAUGGCGAUCAGCGCGUCUCCACGAUCGAUCGCUCAUCUGCGGCCAAGUCGCGUUUACCACGCGUAACUCCUGGCAGCUCACGCAUCCUUAGAGCGCAGCACCGCCGUCGACUUCUUCUGGGCAACCUGCCACCUCUGAUCAUGCCGGCACGCAUCAUCCCGACGGAAGAGCGAGUCUUCCACCGUCAAGAGACGAUCUGGCAGCCAAUUGUUGUGAGACUACCAAACAGUCUCCAAGAGCUCAGAUCAGGUCUCUUGAACCCCGCCCAGCUGGAGUCUUUUCAUCACUGGCAGGAACACGAGUUCGCAGUGUGGUUUCAGACGACACCGGACGCGAACGAGCAUGUAGACGACUUCUACGAUCCGUUUGCCGAUACCGAUCCUGUCGCCACCUGGUACACCAUGGCUCAUAUACAUGAGAUGGGGAACCAGGUUGAAACUGUCGAGAACUUCGAGGCCCCGUCGUGGACCUACGCGAACCCUCUCUACACCGAGGAGCAGAGCGAGGAAGAGAUCAUCGCUUCACUGCCUCUCGUCACCAUCACUGCUAGUCUCCCAACUGCUAGCCUUGGAAACGACGAUACUGCUAACGAAGCUGCAUUGCAGAAGCACAAGAUGAUGCUCGAGUGUAUGGGUGGUUGCCGGAUCUGUGGAGAAGCCAUCUCUGGGAUCGGAUAUGCCGCACAAUGCGGCCAUGUCUGUUGCGUCGGGGAGAUGAUCGAGUGGCUGAAGUUUCAGAGCUCGUGUCCGUCUUGUCGCGAGGUCUUGAAGCACGAGGAUUCUUGUUUGGUGCAGAUGGCUGACGCCGAAGAGGCAGCCGAGGAGGAUCUCAAUUGCGGCGGUGCUGACAAGAACGGCGACGGAGAAGAGCCCGGUAAGGGCGAAGGAGAUGCCGGUAGCGGGGAGUAG